CGUCGUUAGGGCGCAAAGCAUUUAAAACGCGCAUUGCUCUGAUGAAUAAUCAAAUUUGACACAAAAAAAAAAGACUAAAAAGGAGUAAAAAGAAAAAAAAUCAACAAAAGUGACAUUCGUCUCCCUCCUUUGCGUGCAGCAAAGCAAAAUCAUUGCAUACCUCCGUAGCACGCUGUUUUUGCUAAUAGAUUGCGGCAACAGCAACAGCAGCAACGGCGGCAUCGGGAGGCGAGCGAGCUGCUGUUGCAGUAGGAUAAACAUUAUUUAUUUAUAAUCUACCGUGCAAGUGAGUGCAUCGCAGUUGCAGCCACAGCCACAGCGCAAAGCCAACAGCUAGCAGGCGGCAGUUGGCAAGCAGUUUGUUUUUGUUUUUAACAGCAAAAUGGGCAAUAAAUGUUGCAGCAAGCGACAGGAUCAGGAGUUGGCACUCGCCUACCCGAGUGGCUAUAAGAAAUCAGAUUACACAUUCGGCCAGACACAUAUUAAUAAUAGCGGUCAAAAGCACAACAAUGGCGGUUCGUUGGAUUCCCGCUAUACGCCCGAUCCGAAUCGUGGACCGUUGAAAAUUGGCGCCAAGGGUGGCGCUGACAUAAUACGCCCGCGUACAACGCCGACUGGCGUUCAAGGUGGCCUACCCAAGCGGCGCGUCGUUGUCGCCCUAUACGACUACAAGUCGCGCGAUGAAUCUGAUUUGAGCUUCAUGAAGGGCGACCGGAUGGAAGUAAUCGACGACACCGAAUCCGAUUGGUGGCGCGUAGUCAAUUUGAGCACACGUCAGGAGGGUUUAAUACCGCUAAACUUUGUUGCCGAGGAGCGCAGUGUCAACAGCGAAGAUUGGUUCUUUGAAAAUGUGCUACGCAAAGAAGCCGACAAGCUUUUGUUGGCGGAAGAGAAUCCGCGCGGCACAUUUCUCGUACGCCCGUCGGAACACAAUCCUAAUGGAUAUUCGUUGUCGGUGAAGGAUUGGGAAGAUGGCCGUGGCUACCAUGUGAAGCACUAUCGCAUCAAACCGCUCGACAAUGGUGGCUACUACAUUGCCACAAAUCAGACUUUCCCUUCGUUACAGGCGCUCGUGAUGGCCUACAGUAAAAAUGCACUUGGCCUUUGCCACAUUCUGUCACGUCCGUGUCCGAAGCCACAGCCGCAAAUGUGGGAUUUGGGACCGGAAUUGCGUGACAAGUACGAGAUACCACGCUCCGAAAUUCAGUUAAUACGCAAAUUGGGACGUGGCAACUUCGGCGAGGUGUUCUACGGCAAAUGGCGCAACAACAUUGACGUCGCUGUGAAAACGCUGCGCGAAGGCACCAUGUCAACACAGGCAUUCCUGCAAGAGGCAGCUAUAAUGAAGAAGUUUCGACACAAUCGUUUGGUGGCAUUAUAUGCCGUCUGCUCACAGGAGGAACCCAUUUACAUUGUGCAGGAGUACAUGUCCAAAGGCAGCUUACUGGACUUCCUGCGUGAAGGUGAUGGCCGUUAUUUACACUUUGAAGAUCUUAUUUACAUAGCCACACAAGUGGCAUCCGGCAUGGAAUAUCUCGAAUCGAAACAAUUAAUACAUCGUGAUCUGGCCGCACGUAAUGUACUAAUCGGCGAGAAUAAUGUUGCCAAAAUUUGUGAUUUCGGUUUGGCGCGUGUCAUCGCCGAUGACGAAUACUGCCCCAAACAGGGUUCACGCUUCCCUGUAAAAUGGACUGCGCCCGAGGCGAUAAUCUAUGGCAAAUUUUCAAUAAAAUCCGACGUUUGGUCUUAUGGUAUUCUACUAAUGGAAUUAUUCACCUACGGACAAGUGCCAUAUCCAGGCAUGCAUAGCCGAGAAGUGAUUGAGAAUAUUGAACGAGGCUUCCGCAUGCCAAAACCGACUAAUCAUUAUUUCCCCGAUAAUAUUUAUCAUCUACUACUACAAUGUUGGGAUGCGGUGCCGGAGAAACGACCAACAUUUGAAUUCUUAAAUCACUAUUUCGAAUCGUUCACUGUGACGUCAGAGGUGCCCUAUCGGGAAGUGCAGGAUUAAGCAGUGAGUUUGGGGGCGUAGUAGAUAGUUGCGGAGCACUCGAAACGGCAGCGUGUGGGGAGUUGACGGCGCCGGCAGCGAGUGCUGCAUCAUUAUUGCCAGUGCGAUAUACACAUAUACAUAAACAUAAAGAUAACUAGUUUUAAUUUUAAGCCUUUUUAAUUGAAUUGAGAUGUGAGUAAAGGAAGGAGUCUUAUGCAAAAAGUAAAAACUGAAUAAAAAGUAAUACAAAAAAAAAAUAAUAGAAUUGGAGUAGCGCAAAUGGUUGGUUAGCAGCAAAUUAAGGUGCAUACGCGUAUUACAUACACAUAUGUACACAUAUGUAUGUGAGCGCUAACAUUGUCAAUGUUGUAACAAUUGAAAGACAAUUUUUACAUCAAAAAAGAAUAUUAAAGAAAAUAAAACAGAAAAAGAGAAGAACAUACUGCUACAUACUAAACGCUAUUCUACAUUAUAUACAUUACAUAUAGUACGAGUAUGCUAUAUACGUACGUCUAUAAUAGUAUAUGAUAAAAAGAAAAAAAAAACACAAAAACAAAAAAAAAACCAUAUUUUACACUUGAUAAGCGAAAUCUUUUAUAAUUUAUAUAGAGGUAUUUAUGUAACUUUAAGCUUAUGGCAAAUGAAUUGUGCUAUAUGAAAAAAAAGCAUUUAAAAACAAAUAACGACAACAACCACAACAAUAAAUACAUAAAUAAAAAGUCAGUCAAGCUGCAAGUUAAAUCUAUAAAAUUAAAAGAAACAAAUCUGUAAAAAACUUUGCAAGAAAACAAGAGUAAAUAGUGGAUCGUAUGCUCGUUUUCAUACCAAACAAAAUUAUUUUUAAUUUUCCUAUUGUGCUAAUUACACCGCGCGACAAAAACAAAAAAAUAAAA